UGCGCCACACUGGAAAGACUACAUUACCCACAGUCGGGCACCUUCCUCUCAAGUGCACAUGCGCAUUUAGUUGUUCUACUCUGGACAGCUGUAGGAGAAAAUGGCAGCACUCAUGCUAGGGCAGCAGGUCCGCCAGUUCAGCACGUCUGUGGUCAGACCUGCAUCAAAACUGGUUAAGCCUCCCAUCCAGGUCUAUGGAGUGGAGGGCCGCUAUGCCACUGCUCUGUUCUCAGCGGCCAGUAAGCAGAAAAAUCUGGACCAAGUGGAGCAGGAGCUCAAAAAAGUGUCUGUUCUGAUCAAGGACCCCAAUCUUUCUGGUAUUGUGAUGAAUCCUCAUGUAAGACGCAGCAUCAAGCAGAAGACUUUCAAUGAUGCUCUGACAAAGGCCAAGGUUUCACCCAUCACUGUCAACCUCAUCAAUGUUUUGUCUGACAACGGUCGCCUUUCUCGAACUGGUGAUGUUAUCGCUGCCUUUGGCAAGAUGAUGAGUGCACACCGCGGAGAGGUCAUCUGCACCGUCACCACUGCUCAGCCUUUGGAUGAAGCUAAUCUUGCUGACCUGAAAGUAGCGCUCAAGGGCUUCCUUCAGAAGGGUGAAACUAUCAAGCUGGAAACAAAGUCUGAUUCUUCAAUCCUGGGGGGCAUGAUCGUCAGUAUCGGGGACAAGUAUGUGGACAUGUCCACCAAAACAAAGAUACAGAAGCUGACCAAGCUCAUCAGGGAAACUUAAGUCCCGUGGACUUCAUUUUGCAAAGGAUCGCAGAUGAACAUCUGGGGAAAUGCUCAUAAAUGUAUAUUGCUAUCUGUUCUGGCACUGAAGUUGCUCCAUAAACCCAGUGUCUAUACUUAAGUUCAUAUGGAUGUUAAUAAAACGUACAACAAAUGGA